GCCACGUGGGGGGCUGGUUCCCCUGGGGCUUCCUCCCAUCCCCCGACUGCCUGAUCCUAUGGAGCGUCCCCGACGUCUGCAAAGACGUGGAUUUGGACGUCCUGGUGGAAGCCUUGAAGCCCGUGGGGACCUUUAAGAAGAUCGGCAAGGUGUUCCGCAAGGAGGAGGACUCCACUGUGGGGAUGUUGCAGAUUGGGGAGGACGUCGACUAUUUGCUUAUCCCGCGCGAGGUCAGGCUGGCGGGGGGUGUCUGGAGGGUCAUCUCCAAGCCCGCCACCAAGGAAGCGGAGUUUCGGGAGCGACUGACCCAGUUCCUGGAGGAAGAAGGCCGCACCCUGGAGGACGUUGCCCGCAUCAUUGAGAAGAGCACCCCGCACCCGCCCCAGCCCCCACAAAAGCCCAAGGAGCCCCGAGGGAGGAGGAGAGUCCAGCAGCUGGUGACCCCUCCUCCCCGGCUGGUUGUGGGCACCUACGACAGCAGCAACGCCAGCGACAGCGAGUUCAGCGACUUCGAGACCUCCAGAGAGAAGGGUGACAAGGGCUACAAAGGCGCGGGGCGUGGCAGGAAGGUGCGCAGAAUGCCCGUCAGUUACCUGGGCAGCAAAUUCCUGGGGAGCGACCUGGAGAGUGAGGAUGACGAGGAGCUGGUGGAGGCCUUCCUCCGGCGCGGGGAGAAGCAGCCCAGCGCGAUGCCCGCCCGCCGCCGCGGGAACCUGCCUGUGCCCAUGUUUGAGGACAGCCCGGGGCCCCAGGUGUCCAAAGCGGACAGGUGGCGAGAGUAUGUCAGCCAGAUGUCCUGGGGGAAGCUGAAGCGCAGGGUGAAGGGUUGGGCGCCGAGGUCCAGCCCUGGAGCGGGUGAGGCCCAGGUGGCCUCUACCAGGGUGGAGAGGGAUGAGGUGCCAGGUAGCGCCAGUCAGGGGGAUAACGUGGGGAAUGCAGGAGAGGGGCUGGUGCCUGAAGCUGCCCCACGGCGAUGGAGGCCCAAGAUCAACUGGGCCUCGUUUAGGCUGCGCAGGAGGGAGGAAGCAGCAACUACAGCUCAGGGGGCAGAUGCUGCAGCUGGUCAGAGGGUAGAGGCUGCAGCUGAUCAGAGGGUAGAGGCUGCAGCUGAUCAGAGGGUAGAGGCUGUGGAUAAUCAGGGGGUGGAGGCUGCAGCUGAUCAGAGGGUAGAGGUUGCAGCUGAUCAGAGGGUAGAGGUUGCAGCUGAUCAGAGGGUAGAGGUUGCAGCUGAUCAGGGGGCAGAGGCUGCAGGUAAUCAGAGGGCAGAGGCCAUAGCUGACCAGGGGGCUGAGGCUGUGGGUAAUCAGAGGGCAGAGGUCCCAGUUGUCUGGGGAGCAGAGGUCAGAGCUGACCAGGGGGCUGAGGCUGUGGAUAAUCAGAGGGCAGAAGCUCGAGCUGUCCAGGAAGGUGAACCCUUGGCUGCCCGGGGGGCCACAGGAGCAACCUCAGGAGCUAGGGCCCGGAAACAAGUCAAGACAGUGAGGUUCCAGACCCCUGGGCGCUUUUCGUGGUUUCGAAAGCGCCGGAGAGCCUUCUGGCACGCGCCUCGGUUGCCAACCCUGCCCAAGAGAGUACCCAGGGCGGGCGAGGCCCGGAGUCUCCGGGUGCUGAGGGCGGAGGCCAGAGCAGAAGCAGAGCAGGAAGAGCAAGAAGACCUGCUGUGAGGUGAGGACACAGAAGCCAGGAGCACGCU